AUGAUAUCGAUAUAUCUUCUUUAUUUCCUAGGUGUUUCAUGUUCAUCAUCAACUUGCUCAAUUCCGACACUGCUUGAUGGUAGAUGGAUUCAACCCGGUUUGAACGAUUUAGUGACGAUCAACGAAACGUGGUUUUCAUCGAAAGGUUCAUGUUUGAGUGAUCAACACGAUGUUAGAAACAAAUACAUAUAUUACAAUGAGCAAACGAGAUGCAAACGUUGUAUCCUUUUCAUUCCGAGACAUUCAAAUGCAUUGCAAUAUCGAGAAAGUGAAUGCUUUGAUGCUGAUGAUGAUAAUGGUCGCAUCUGUGCUUCGAUUACACCGGAUACAGUAUUAUAUACACUUUUCCGGGAUAAUGCUGAAUCCAUUCCAUGUCCAUUCAAUCAGUCUUGGCAUUUCCAAAAAGCGAAUCAACUAUCGUCAUUAUGCCAACCGAAAGCAUUCCAUCAUUGUUCUUCGAUUGAUACAUUUCAAGUAUCUUAUAACAAACAAUGUCAAUCGAAACAAGAUGAGAUCAGUACAUGUUUUGCUCAAUUUUCUGAUGGAAAUAUGAAUUAUGUCAUAUCGCGAAGUACUCAAGCACAAAAAUUUCUAUGUUUUUCUUAUAUAAAAACCAAGUCUGCUGGCCCAACUUUUCUUCCGAAUGAAGUCUACUUUUCUCAGGACGAAACUUGCCGAGAUUUAUUGGCACGAGAAUCGGCGGUUAUCUUGAAAAUUAUUCCAAAUCAACUGAUGGAAUCGAAAGUUCAACUACCUAAAUGGACUCAGGGAGUAUGGUUAUCUGUUGGAGCAAGUAAUGUGAACUCCAAUCGAGUUCAUAUCAACCAAACGCAACUUGUGAUAACGGCGGAGAAUGACGAAACGAUAAAAUACGAUCUAAAGUUUUUUAAAGUUAUGCUCAAUAGAGGAAACUAUGGAAAUAGCGUCCGUAUAAGAGCGAGAUCAUUAGAUCAAUGUUCAUCAAAAUACUAUUGCAUUAAACUAGUCCUUCGUUCGACGACAGUGAUUGAUCUUUCUAUAGGACUUGAUCAACAUCGAUGCAAAGAAACUCACACGCACUACACUCUAUUCAAACCUACUCUGCAGUCCGGCAUAUCAUGUCCGCAAAGUGGCAUCUACAAAACAUCGAAUACUUAUCAGUCACCACUGACGGUAUCGACCUGUUCUACUGGUAUGUGGACAUUAGCAAUUGGUUGCGAAAAUACCAGUUCAAGUGAAUUAACAUUAUUUUCAUCUUGCCGUCAUGAAAUCGUACCCGAUGUACAAGUUAUUACAUCAAUCAAUGGUAUUUGUCUGGCUACAUGGCGCACUGAUCAUCGAUUUCAGCGUACACUGGUCGUUUAUGAGAAAAACAAAGCAUUUUGUUUGAUUCAACCGUUAAAAUCGAUGGCGGCUAGUUGGAUUCUACCCGAAUCCAGUUGUACAAAUCUUGGUUCACUUUCAAUCCACGUUGAGAAUAGUUUUUCAUAUUCAUCACCUUGUCAGGAAAAGACUCGUUUAUUAUUGUCGUCAUCAUCAUCGUUGCAUAGGGUCACUUACUUGUUGUUUUAUUUAACCAUGCAAGUAUUAAUACAUGUCAAUGUGAUGAAAUAA